AUGGAGGUUGGCCAAGUGUUCUACGUGGCGCCGGCGGACGCCGACGGGCCGCCACUCCUUGGGCCGAGUGGCACGGGCCUGCGCCGAGGCCUCAUGGAGGGCGUCGACUUCCAGCUGCUCAACCAAGAAGAGUGGGACGCGCUGCCCGAGCCCAAGGUCGAGAUCCCCCGCUACGUGGUGCUCCGUGGCCGCAACGCGAUCAAGACGAUUGAGCUCUACCCGCUCAUGGCGCAGGUCUGGUACUGGUCCAAUGGCAUGACUGCGCCGGCGCCGGUGCGACAGCGCAGCGGGAAGCUCGUGCACAUCCUCAUCGACUCGUCCAUGGAGGUCACGGAGCUCAAGGCGAUCGUGUGGAGCCACAUUACUCAGUUGUUCCCGACGCUCUUUCCCGAGCUCGCGGGCACGGACCAUGCAGGAAACGAGGCGGCGUGGAAUGCGUCAAUCCGACUCUGCGGCAAGUCGCGGCUCGACGACGCCAGCUGGAGCACCCUCGUCAACCCGUCAAGCAACCUCGCGCAAGCAACGUCAAGCCUUACGGCUGGGGAGCUCAACUUGAUGCUGCCAGUGCCGGAGGACGACGAGGAUGAAGACUACUGCUACUUUCUCAUCGAGACGUCGUACGACGACAAGGCGACGCCGUCCGACAAGCGCAACGGCCUCCAUUUUAUGAGCAACGUCCAAGCCAACGGGUGGCGCGAUCUGCUGGCGCCUGGCGACUACAUCGACGCCAAAGACUCGAGCAACAAGUGGUACGAAGCAUCAGUGGUCGCUGUGAGCAGCGACAACGUGAUUGUGCACUACCUCAGCUGGAACAGCGCCAAGUUUGACGAGAAGAUCCCGCUGCACUCGGACCGUCUCGCACCGCUGCACACGAUCUCGACAAGCUGGCGAGAAGGUCUCUGCGUGGGCGACAACGUCGACUACUGCCCGAAAGAGAACCGAGGGCUCACGCGCGAUUGGGUCCUUGCCACGAUCACGCGCGUCAUGUCCUCGGAGAUUGAGGACGAGCCGUGGCCGCUUGCGUGGCCCGGCGGCAACCCCCGCAAGCUAUGUUACGGCCGACAAAUCAAGCUUGAGCUCGACUUCAAAAUGGACAAGGAGCGCUCGACGGCGGUCGUUGACGUCACGAACGAAGCCGUCGCCAAGGCCCACGAGCACGUCAAGAAGCUGCCGGUGGCACCCUCGGUCGCUGCGGCCCCCCAGUUUGGGCACUCAUCCGGCUCGUACAUGCAGUCGUCAACCUCGUACAGUCGCCCGUCGUCGUCGUCGGCGUACUCGUCGUCGUCCUACUCGUCGUCGUCGUACUCGUACGGAAAGCGCAAGCCGGACGUUGUCGGCGUCGUCGGGCUGCGCAACCUUGGCAACACGUGCUUCCUCAACAGCGUGCUCCAGUGCCUUAGCAACUCGGCACCGCUACUGCACUACUUUUUGGCGAGAACCGAGUCGGGCUCGCCAGUGUACGAGUCGGAGAUCAACACGGCCAACCCUCUCGGUAUGUCGGGCAAGAUUGCAUCCGCGUUCGCCAAGCUCUUGCAGCAGCUCUGGUCGGGCGAAGUUGAUAUCGUGGCGCCCACCGACCUCAAGUACGUCAUUGGCGAGUACGCGCCCGCGUUUGCAGGCUACAACCAACAAGACAGCCAGGAAGUUUUGAGCUUCAUCCUCGACGGCCUCCACGAAGACCUCAACCGCGUGCUGCGAAAGCCAGUGACCGAAACCAUUGAAGCCAACGGCCGGCCAGACGUCGUCGUCGCGCAAGAAGCGUGGCAGCAGUAUCUCCGCCGGAACGACUCGGUCAUUACGGACCACUUUAUGGGUCAGCUGCGCAGCCAUGUGACGUGCCCCAUGUGCCAGCACGAGUCGAUCACGUUUGACCCAUACAUGAGUCUCUCUCUGCCCUUGCCCAACGAGACAUCAGUCCUUGUGUCGGUCUAUGGCGCGGACGGGGCCAUACCGACGCAGUAUGGGUUCUUGGUCCCGAAAGAAGGCUCGAUGGGCGAUGCCAAGGCCGCGUUGAGUACCGUCUCGGGCAUCCCCAUCGACCGUCUCCUGCUCGCGCGCGUCAAGAACCACCGCAUCGCGAGCGUGUGUGUUGACGCCGCCGACGUCACCGACUUGAUCCUCGACAGCUCCCAUGACACUAUCGUUGCGUACGAGCUUGAGCACUCGUUGGACGCGUACGAAUUUCGGUCCACGAGUCUCUUUGCGACCACGUCGACGGGGUCGAUGAACCUCAACUUGCCGUCGCCAAGCGACCGCGCCAUGUGUCUUGUGGCCGUCCAGCACCAAAUGCCGUCACCGGACGGGUCCCCGAGCAGCAUGAGCGACGACGCUCGUCAGCCUGAAGACGACGACGACAACGAUGCGACGUUUCCAAGCUUCCGGUACUCGUCGGUGAGCAACCAUGCCAAGAUGCGUCGCAUUGAACGGCGGCUCUUCCAAGUCCCGGCGCUCGUCUCGUUUGCGAGGACGGCGUCGCUCGCCGAGAUCCACGCCAAGGUCGCGCACGCGGUGCAACGGGUCGUGAAAACAUCGUGUACGGAGCGACCGUACGUGCUGCACGUGACCAACACCCGCGUCGACGAGUACCUCCAGCGCCAUCUGCCCGAGAGCGCCGACGACGGUCUCUCGGCCGACAUUGUGCGCGGUUCAUUUACGUUUACGCUGCAGUGGACGGCCGACGGAUACGAGACCGGGUACAAUGACGCGGCGCCGCGCCAGCGCAACACGCAUCCGUCGGCGCUCGAGCUCCGGUCGCGACGAGACCCGGCACUGGAUUUGCGGUCGUGCUUUGCCAAGUUUACUGAGCGCGAACAGCUCGGCGAGAAGGACACGUGGUACUGCCCACGCUGCAAGGCCCAUGUGCGCGCGUUCAAAAAAUUUGACUUGUUUUCGCUGCCGACGAUCCUGCUCUUGCACCUCAAGCGCUUCCGGUACAACCAAGGCCACUACCAUUUGCACCGCGACAAGAUCUCGACACUAGUGCGCUUCCCAAUCACAGGCCUCGACGUGUCGGAGUUUGUUGUGGGGCCGUCGACGGGCGGUGCCAUCUACGAUUUGUACGCGGUCUCCGAACACUCGGGCGGGCUCGGCGGCGGGCACUACACGGCCAAGGCCAAGAACCCGCGCAACGGCCGCUGGUACAGCUUCAACGACAGCAUGACGAGCCCGACGUCGGCCGAAGACGCGAUUUCCGCGCAGGCUUACGUACUCUUUUACGUGCGCCGCAACGCGUCCUCAAUGCAAGAAGACGCCUAG